AUGACUAAUUUUAUUAGAAGUAAUAUUGGUAGAUAUGCGGUACCCAAAGAAUACCUAACUCAUAUUUCUAAAACAGCAAAAACUUUGGAAAAUGUUUAUCAUGAGGGCGUUUUUAAAUUUGAUGUUGAACAUAAAUCAACUAAAGAAGAAAGGCCUGUCAUUUGGGCUGAUGCUCAAGAACUACUGGAUAAUGUUGUGGAAUACCGAAAUUUGAUUGGACAUUGCAAUGUGAAAAUAACAGCGGAUGGUGGGCAAGGAUUUCUUAAAGUUUGCAUGUCUGUUUUUCCAAGAAAAUCAAAUAUAGAAGAGAUAGACCCAGAAUCGAAUGAGAUAGACUCCCAACCUAAAAAACGUACUUUGUAUUCUGAAGGGGGUACUUGCAGUAAUCAAAAUAAACUAACCAGUGUUACACUCGUUCCAUUUGUGUCGGCCUUUAAGGCUAUGGACAAAAUUGUCCAGGCAUCUUUUUCGACUGAAAAACUGUAUGAAAAUAAAUUAGAAAAAUAUAUUAAUGACCUAAACACUGCUUUUAAAGCUACCGGAAUAUCCCAAACUUUGAAAAUUCAUGUUCUUCUUAGUCAUCUAAGAGAAAGUUUAAGUAUUUUGGAAGAUGGGUUAGGUUUGUGGUCGGAGCAAUCUGGAGAGUCAGCUCACAGAGAAUUUUUAAAACACUGGGAAAAGUACAAAAGAAAAGCAAAUGAGAGCGAUUCCGUAUGGUUUUAUUUUCUCAUUGAAAAAGAUAGUGGACAAACAGCAAAAUGUAGGCGCUGGCAAGCAAUCUUGAAAACAAAGGGAGGCUCCACCAAAGGUUUAAUAACUCAUUUAAAAGUCCAUAAAAUCGAUCUUUUGGAUAAACGUCUUAACCAAUCGCAAGAUGGGCCAAGUGCUGGGACAAGUAAAAUGGUCGAAGUUGUUGGUAAUAAUCCACCAAGCAAGCAAAAAAAAAAAUACUUUCUUGUGUAUAAGAAUGAUAAGAGCUUUGAAGCUAUUGUAGCUCGUAUGACCGCAGUAGAUGGCUUACCGUUUUCUAUUUUUAUUAAUUCAUCCGAUUUAAGACAAUUGUUGAAAGCACGAGGUUUUCAUGUUCCAAAAUCUCGAUAUACCAUAAAAACUAAUGUAAUGAGGUACUUUGAAAAAAAUCGGAACAACACUGUCGAAGAAAUUUACCAACUAAAAACAAAAGGACUUGUAAGAUUAAAAAAUUCUUUGACGGCUACAGCGAUUGUGGAAUAUUUGGAAAAACGACUCCUGGCUUUCCAAUUAAACCUGUCUAAAGAUAUUGUGGCUGUUACAACAGACGGAGCCAGCACUAUGGUUAAAGUAGGCAAAUUGAUUACACCUAUGCAACAGUUGUGCUUUGCACACGGUAUUCAGCUGGCUGUCAUUGACGUCCUCUAUAAAAAAGAUGGGCCUGUGCCUCCUCCAACUUCUUCAACAUAUUUCAAGGAGGAUCCUAACUUUAGCGACAGCGAAGCCGAAAUUGAGUACGAAGACUGCGAAGAAACUGGAAACAUGGACAUGAAUGACAGGAUAGAAGUGUGUGAAAACAAUGACUUUUUAGAACUAUCAAAUGAUCAUGACCUCUACAUAUUGAUAUCAAGAAUUAGAAAAACUAGUCGCAUGUUUAGAAAAUCGCCAACAAAAAAUGAUUUACUACAAAAGCAAAUUAGGAACGAUCAUGUGAAAGAAUUAAAUUUAUAA